UCAGCAGUUCAGACACCAUGGCAUCAACACCUGGAACUAUCAGAGUCCUUACAACACUGCUUCUUCUAGCCAGAGGAUCCCUCUCACAGCUGGAUGUGUGUGGGCAACCCCCCCUCAACACCCGCAGUGGGGGAGAAGACGCCCCUGCGGGGGCGUGGCCAUGGCAGGCCAGCUUUCACCGCAACGACCGCCACUUCUGCGGGGGGUCCCUCAUCAACAAGGACUGGGUGAUGUCAGCCGCACACUGCUUCUCCAGCACCAACCCGUCCGGCCUGGUCGUCUACCUGGGGCGGCAGAAUCAGGAGGGCAGCAACUCCAACGAGGUUUCCAGGACUGUCUCUCGGAUCAUCACGCAUCCCAAUUACAACAGCGACACCAGCGAUAAUGACAUCGCCCUCCUCCAACUCUCCUCCUCCGUCACCUUCACUAACUUCAUCCGCCCAAUCUGCCUGGCAGCAGCCAACAGCACCUUCAACCGGGGCACCACCAGCUGGGUGACAGGCUGGGGCACCAUCAGAGUUGGAGUGUCCCUCCCCUCCCCACAGACCCUUCAGGAAGUGGAUGUGCCGGUGACGGGGAACAGGAACUGUUUCUGCCAGUACAACCCGUCAGGCGUCACCAUCACCGACAACAUGAUCUGUGCCGAGGGACGAGGGGGCAAGGACUCCUGCCAGGGAGAUUCUGGCGGUCCGAUGGUGAGUAAGCAGGGUUCUGUGUGGGUCCAGGCGGGUGUCGUGAGCUUCGGUAUCGGCUGCGCCCGGGCCCAGUUCCCAGGAGUGUAUGCACGCGUCUCUCAGUACCAGAGCUGGAUCAACACCCAGAUCACCAGCGACCAGCCGGGCUUCGUCACCUUCACCUCCACCGGGACAGAUGCAGACCAGAGUGCCACCUGCACCGGUCUGCCUGCUUGGGGGAGAGAACGCCCCUGCGGGGCGUGGCCAUGGCAGGCCAGCCUUCACCGCAACGACCGCCACUUCUGCGGGGGGUCCCUCAUCAACAAGGACUGGGUGAUGUCAGCCGCACACUGCUUCUCCAG